AUGUCUGUCAAAGACUUUGUGUCUUCGAACACCAUGCAAUUCUUUGCAAUUCUCGUACUGCCUCACUCAUUUCUAAGCAAGAGACCCUCCGAGUGGAGAGAAGAUGAACAGUACAAGAAAGCUUUUGAAGUUGUAAGCGGUAUAAAGCCAGUCAAUGAUUUUGCAGAGAGAGGAGUUGCUUUGAUGCAGGAUUUUAACAGAGCAAUAGUAUCGUCUGAAGAACAAAAGCAGUAUCUUCUGCAAGUUGUUGAGUACCAUCGUACCCAGUAUCCAAACCCAAAGAAAGAGACAUUAGUGGGAGGAAAUACAUCUCCUUAA